AUGACGGCCGUCAUGAUCCCCGACUUUGGUAUCCUACCACCAUGCGCCGUCGACUGCGGCGCCCUCUACGGCGCCAACAACCGCUGCGUCCCGCCCGCCGUGCCCGCGUCCGACAUGGCCACCUACACAGAAUGCUUCUGCGCCGACUCCGCGGUGUCCUCCCUGGCGACGAGCCUGACCGUCUGCUCCGACGUGUGUCCCGAAGGGCAGUCGAUGGGCUUGAUCCAACAGUGGUUCCAGAGGACGUGCAAUAUCGCCGACUCGGGUGAUUCCAACGGCAGCACGGAGGACGACACGAGCACAGGGGACGAUACAACCACAGGGGACGACACGAGCGAAGGCGACAGCAACGGAGGCACCGGGACAACGGGAAACGAAGGAGGCGGCACGCAGGGCGGAAAUGGAGGUGCAAAUGCACGACCAACGACAACUGGCACGGCCGACUACUCGAACGCUGGUGGUGACUGGCUCUCCAACCACUGGCAGUGGAUCGUCAUGCUCGUCGUCCUUGUCGUCGCCAUUGUCGGCAUCUGGGUCGGUGCUUGCAUCUGGCGCCGCCGAUACCUCAAGAAGAAGGAGCACCAACGGACAUGGAACCAGAAGCAGUCCGGCUCCCAAACCCGCCCGUCAUGGGGCCCAGGCGACCCGCGCGCCGCCGAGGCGGGCAAGGUACUCGCCCGGCCGUCGAUGGGCGGCCAACAACCGAGCGACUCCUCGGACCCAGCGGGUGUGUUUAUGCCCAAGGCGGAAGCCCAGCCUGCGGAGACGCCCUCCUGGAAGUUCUGGAAAAGGUGA